AUGAUUAAUCCAUUUACGGAUGUCGAUGAAUGUAUCCGUUUUGUCAAAGAUACCAAAGAAGAACAAAUGUUUAUGAUCACUUCCGGCUCAUUGGGACAAACUACAGUUCCUAUCGUGCAUGAUUUGCCUCAAGUCAGUAAUAUUUAUAUUUUUUGUGGAAAUCAAGCUCGGCAUGAACAAUGGGCGAAACAUUGGCCAAAAAUAAAAGGUGUCUUUACAGAUAUUGUACCUAUUUGUAAAGCCCUUAAGCAGGCAGUAUUUGAAUGUGACCGAAACUUGAUUUCAAUCAGUUUUGUCACGACCAAUCAGGGACCUACGAGACCAAACCUAAAUCACAUGGAUUCGUUAUUUAUGUAUACACAAAUAAUAAAAGAAAUUUUAUUAACUAUCGAUUUUGAACAGCAACAUUUAAAUGAUUUUAUUACAUACUGUCGCGAUGUUUUCGCCGAGAACUCGAAAGCACUUCAAGCUGUCGAUAAACUGGUACAUGAAUAUCACGACCAUCCUCCUAUUUGGUGGUAUACUCAUAAAAAUUUUCUUUAUUCAAUACUCAAUCGAUCAUUACGAAUGAUAGAGGUCGAUCUCAUCAUUAGCAUGGGAUUUUUUAUCCGAGAUCUACAUAAUCAUAUCGCCAAACUUCACCAAGAACAAUAUGUUGGACGUACACAUUUGAAAUCAUUUAUUGUCUAUCAUAGUCAAGGUUUAUCGCAGACAAAUUUUGAUCAAUUGAACAAAAGAAAAAAUGGACUUUUAUCAUUUAAUAAUUUCCUAUCAACUAGUACAGAUCGUGAGGUAUCAUUCAAUUUCAUUCAUCAAACUAUUAGAACAUCCGAUCUCAUUGGUAUCUUAUUUGUCAUAAAAAUUGAGCCGUCCAUUGUGUCUACACCAUUUGCUAAUAUACGUGACGUUAGUUAUUUUAAAGAAGAAGAAUUUCUCUUCUCUAUGCAUUCCAUAUUUCGUAUUGGUAGAAUUCAACAAAUUGACAACGAUCGUUUUUGGCAAGUAGACCUUACGCUAGUCAGUGACAACGAUCCAGAACUGCAUGAACUUACUGAACAGAUGCACAAGGAUACAAAUCCUAAUGUGAAAGGAUGGGAUCGUUUGGGUAUGUGGCUAAUUAAACAACGAGAUUUCAAUAAAGCUCAAGAUCUAUAUGAUAUUCUACUUGAUCAAACAACGAUGGAUCGUGAAAAGACAAAUAUCUAUAACCAGCUUGGAUUAGUUAAGGAGAAUCAAGGCGAAUAUCAAGAUGCAAUUGCCUAUUAUCAGCAAUCAAAUAAUAUCCUUGAGAAAAUUUUCUCUCCAACAGAUAUUCGAUUGGCUACUUCUUACAGCAAUAUUGGUUUGGUGUAUGAUAAGAUGGGUGACUAUUCGAAUGCACUUUUAUUUCAUGAAAAAGCAUUGCAAAUCGACCAAAAAAAUCUUCCUCCAAAUCAUCCUAAUUUAGCUGCUUCUUACAACAAUAUUGGUAUGGUCUAUGACAACAUGGGUGACUAUUCGAAUGCACUUUCGUUUCAUGAAAAAGCAUUGCAAAUCUACCAAAAAACGCUUCCUUCAGAUCAUCUUGAUUUAGCUACUACUUACAACAAUAUCGGCUGGGUUUAUAGAAACAUUCAUGAUUACUCGAAAGCACUUUCGUCUUAUGAACGUGCUCUUGAAAUUCUAGAACGAUCACUACCUCCUAAUCAUCCUGAUCUUCAAGAUGUAAGAAAGAGUAUUAACAUUGUGAAAAUGAAAAUGUAA